AGUUCGGCGUGACCUACGAUAUAGACGUUGCCAAUAUACUCUCACAAACUUUCGGCUUCCAAACAUGACCAAAGGUACUUCGUCCAAAGAAAAAGGUGCCAGCACGGCGCCAACAGACGGAUCUCAAGACGCACCACCAACCUAUACGUCCUCGUCAUCAGACUCACAACCCCCCUCUUACGAAUCCGUCCAACACGCCAUCUCAACCCUCUCCAUCGGGCCACCCGACGAAAUAAUCUCCGUGCCCAUGGUUACCCGCACCGUCGCCAACAGCAUUCACAAUUACAAUCCCUUCUCCCACAAACAAGGCGCAGUCAAGCAAUCCAUCGUUGUGCGCAAGAUGAAGCGCGCGCAGUACCUGGCACAUUAUGCCAAAGACGCAGAAGGGAAGUUUGUUGGCACCGGCGCACCGGCGCCGGAUGUGGGGCUUGUAUUUGUGCCUGGCAAGGGGAGCAGUGAAGACAUGCUAAGGCAGGCCGAGGAGGUGGCGUUGGAGGUGCAGAGACUGAGAGGCAAGGGGAUUGGGACUUAUGGAAUGCCGUUAUAUGAUGGAGCGUUGGCUGGGAAUGCGCUGGUUUUAUGAGUGAUUAUAAUGAUGGACUUGUAGCGGAUCGGGUGGUAGACGGACGUUUUAGAGACGAUGCUUAAUUGAUAUCUAAUAAUUUUGGAAUCAAUGCCAGUCAUAUUGAC